AUGGUUCUGGCCGAGCUCGGGACGCCGCAUCUACAAAUCAUCGGGGGCAGGAACUGCGAGGGCGUGAUCAAGACGCCCGCGCACGAGGAGACGUUCAAGCUGGGCAAUAUUCUGGUCAAGGGCGUUCAUACGCCGUGCCACACGCAGGAUAGCAUCUGCUUCUUCAUGGAAGACGACUCAGGCAAGGCCGUAUUUACCGGCGACACGCUCUUUAUCAGUGGGUGUGGCAAGUUCUUUGAAGGAAACGCCGCCGAGAUGCACGAGGCAUUGAACAAGAGACUUGGCGCGUUGCCAAACGACACAGUCGUCUAUCCCGGGCACGAAUACACAAAGUCAAACGUCAAGUUUGCCAUGUCCGUACUGCAAAGCGAUGCCGUCAAGAAGUUGCAGGCCUUUGCGGAUACCAACCGCGUCACUACGGGCAAGUUUACCAUUGGCGACGAAAAGGACCCCAUUAUUCAAAAAGCCACAGGGGCAACAGACCCCGUCGAUGUCAUGGGCAAGCUCCGCGAGAUGAAGAACAACUUCAAGUGA